AUGAGAGAUAAUACGUUCACUUUCGAUAACUGGAAAAGAAGUGACAGGCUCAAAAAGCACAUAAAGAGUGGUGUUCACAAAAACGCAGUGGCCAAGUGGAUCAACUCAAGGAUCCACUCAAAGCACGAAACAUCUGUAAUGAAACAAUUAACAGACGCUCGUCAAAAAGAUGUUCUACGCAACCGCGAGUAUUUACGUAUAAUCAUUACCAGCAUAUUCUAUACUGCACAGCAAAACGUGGCUUUACGAGGACACGAGGAAAACAGAAAUGAUAUCGGCAAAAUGUCCGACAUAAAUAGAGGAAACCUAUUGGAAUUAUUACACCCCAGAUGCGAUGACAUCCCGUGGCUCGACGAAAAGCUGCAAAGUCAACUUAAGCUUCACGCUCAGUGGACAUCGCCAUCUAUUCAGAAUAAAAUAUUAGAAAUUAUAUCUAGAUUUCUUGUCGAGCGAAUCAAUCAGGAUGUACUAUUAAGCCCUAUCUUUGCUCUAAUCAUGGAUGAAACUUCAGAUAUCAGCCGCACAGAGCAGGUACUAGGUAUCAAUCUGCCUAAGGUAUGUUUUGACUGGCAAAACAUUAGAGACUUUCUCAAAUUGUUUUCGACAGGAUCAACAGAAGGCGAAGUUUUAUUUGAACUUGUGA